AUGAUUACAACAGCACAAGUUUUCACAAUUAUAAGUAUUAUAUGUGCCCCUAUGGUUGGUAUAGCCGCGCUAGUACUUACAUUAGCGGCAUUAAAUUUAUCACUUGGCAUACGUAGACUUUAUGUUCAACUAUUAGCAUUGAUAUUUGAUUAUGCAACAAAAAUUAAACGAGAUAAAGAGAUUUCGAUUGAUUCUAAUGGAUCGUCGGACGAACCGCCAACACCUUUGCCACCGUCAACAGCAAAAAACAAACUGGCACCAACCCUUGAAAAGAAAAAUGAAGAUAAUCCUGUUGAGGUUACUUCAACAACACAAUUAUUAAAUGAUUGUAAGGACGAAAUUAAUAAUGAAAAUGAAUCCGAUUCAUUACCUAUUCAAGAACAAAAAGUAUCUAGAGCUUCAUCACAAAGUGAUAUUCAAUUUAAACUAGGAGAUAUCAUAGAUUAUACACGUCAAGGUCUUGAGGCGAUUGUUGAUGAUGAUGUUACAAAACGUUUUACAUCAGCCGAAGAAAUGGUUGUAUGGAAUUUAUUAACUCGUACUCAACAACAGCAUGAAUAUUUUUCUAUGCGUGUUACAUUACUUUGGUUUCUUGGAUUUUGUGUACGUUAUUUUAUAUUAUUUCCAUUUCGUCUCUUUCUAUUUAUUCUUGGCGUCGUAUGGAUGUUGGGAUCAGCUGUAUUUCUUCAAUAUUUUCCUGCAAAAGAUGCUAAAUUACGUUUUGGUUUUUACAUAAAUAUUGUUUUACAUCGUAUCUUAUCCCGUGUGUUUUCUGCUAUAAUAACUAUUCAUAAUACAGAACAUCGUGCUAAAUGUGGUUCAAUAUGUGUGGCAAAUCAUACAUCACCGAUUGAUGUUAUUAUUUUAUCAACAGAUAAUAGUUUUUCUAUGAUUGGACAACAGCAAGGUGGAUUUUUCGGUAUGGUACAACGAACAUUAUCACAAACAGCAAAUCAUAUAUGGUUUGAACGUUCGGAAGCAAAAGAUCGUCAUAUGGUAGCGGAGAAAAUGCGUGAACAUAUUCAAGCUCAUAAUAAUUUACCAAUAUUAAUUUUUCCCGAAGGAACAUGUAUCAAUAAUACGUCGGUAAUGAUGUUUAAAAAAGGUUGCUUUGAAAUAACUGAAGCAACAAUUUAUCCGGUUGCCAUUAAAUAUGAUAAUAGAUUUGGUGAUGCUUUUUGGAAUUCAACUAAACAUGAACUAUUUCAAUAUUUAAUACUAAUGAUGACAUCAUGGGCGAUCGUUGUUGAUGUUUAUUAUUUACCGCCGAUGACUAUUGAAGAAGGUGAAACAUCGGUUGAUUUUGCACGUCGUGUUAAAGCAGCUAUUGCUAAGCAAGGUGGUUUUGUUGAUUUAGAAUGGGAUGGAGGUUUAAAACGUGCACUACCAAAAGCGGAUUAUAAAGCUGAAGAACAAAGGAAAUUUUACGAAAUGUUAAAAACAGAAUAG